CUUUGCGUAUCCUGACAAAAGGAAUAAAACGUUAAUGCUUAGUUCUUCCAAGUAAAUGUUGGGGUACGUGUGUGUGUGAAAUACUAAACCAGAGUGGAGGUGGAGAGAAGCGGCUGCAGCUGUUUCACACUCAGGCGCAUUUAUGUAACUCGCUUGGGCUCGCGGAAGCGCGUGCACACCCAUGUUUACUGCUUCGUCAUCGUCUGUACUGACGUCAGAGACCUGCCAUUGGUCAUAUUCGGGGGGGCAGAAGCCAAGAGGCACUCGCGCACACACGUGGCUCUUCGGGAAACAAAUGGAGGUGAAGGGGAACGUGCGUCCACCGAGAAGGCGCGUGCGCUGCGAGAGCACAGCGUCGGUGCCCCAGUUCACCAACUCCCCAACCAUGAUCGUGAUGGUGGGACUUCCGGCACGGGGAAAGACCUACAUUUCAAAAAAACUCACCAGGUACUUGAACUGGAUAGGAGUCACAACCAAAGUGUUUAACGUGGGUCAGUACCGCCGAGACGCCACGCGCUCCUACAACAGCUUCGAGUUCUUCAGACCCGACAACGAAGAAGCUAUGAAAAUACGCAAAGCAUGCGCUCUUGCUGCUCUUCAGGACGUGUGCGAUUACUUCACCAGGCUGCAGGGUCAGGUGGCGGUUUUCGAUGCGACUAACACAACCCGGGAACGCAGAGAGGUCAUUCUCAACUUUGCCAAAGAAAACGGUUAUAAGGUUUUCUUUGUGGAAUCAGUCUGUGAAGAUCCAGAAAUCAUUGCUGAGAAUAUCAAACAAGUGAAGCUGAGCAGCCCAGAUUACGUGGACUGCGACAAAGACGAGGCUGUGGCUGACUUUCUGAAGAGGAUAGAUUGUUACAAACUGACCUACGUACCACUUGAUGAUGAUAAAGACAGGAAGUUGUCCUACAUAAAGAUCUUCAACGUGGGCAGUCGAUACCUGGUGAACCGGGUCCAAGAUCACAUUCAAAGCAGGAUCGUCUACUACCUCAUGAACAUCCACGUCACGCCAAGAUCCAUUUACCUGUGCCGACAUGGAGAGAGUGAACUGAACUUGGUAGGGCGCAUUGGAGGAGACUCGGGGCUGUCCAAACGAGGAGCCAAGUUUGCCAACGGUCUGGGAAGCUACAUGCGAGGACAGUGCAUAACAGACUUGAAGGUUUGGACGAGCCACAUGAAGAGGACCAUCCAAACUGCUGAAGCUCUGGGAGUCCAGUAUGAACAGUGGAAGGCUCUGAACGAGAUCGACGCUGGUGUGUGUGAGGAUAUGACGUAUGAGGAGAUUCAGGAGAAUUACCCAGAAGAGUUUGCUCUCAGGGACCAGGACAAGUAUCGGUACCGUUACCCCAAAGGAGAGUCAUAUGAGGACCUGGUCCAGCGUCUGGAGCCGGUCAUCAUGGAGCUGGAGAGGCAGGAGAACAUUCUAGUCAUCUGUCACCAAGCUGUGAUGAGAUGUUUGCUCGCAUAUUUCUUGGACAAGAGUGCUGACGAACUACCGUACCUCAAGUGUCCUCUGCACACAGUUCUAAAACUCACUCCAGUGGCGUACGGUUGUAAAGUUGAGUCAGUUUUCCUCAACAUUGAAGCUGUGAACACACACAGGGACAGACCUGAGAAUGUGGACGUGGACAGAGACCCAGAAGAGGCUUUAGAGACCGUCCCUGAACACAUCUAGAGGAAAAGAAGACCAGGCUGGAAAUCACAGUCAGCCUCCAGGAUCCAUACUGUACCGAAAUAACCUUACAGUAGUCCAAACCGGUUCAUUACCGAUCCACAUUUAGAAUAGCGGACUAUGCAGAAAGCUGGAGUCAAAUUGCAGGGUCCACAUUUGACAACCGUAUCCACACGGCUCUAAAUGGAUUUUCCCAGGUCGACAGUUGCUCAGUUAGUUUAAUAAAUAAGUGAGUCGCGAGUCCGAAUCAGUCUACAAUAAUAACAAUAUCUUGGACAAGACCAAGGAAGGUCAAGACUCAAACUGUACCACAGUGACGGUUAUACUAUUGAAUGCACUUUAAUACACCAAAACAAAGCCAUAACUUAAGUAAUUAAAGGGGGGGAAAAGAAACGCUAACCUCCAUUAAAUGUCAUCUGUCUAAAAUCUAAACGUUGACGUCAAAUGUCGACCAGUCUGUUCUGCCGCAAUCGAUUCUUAAUAAUCUUUUAGUCAAUCUGUGUCAUUUCUUAUUUUCUAUGCAACGAGCAUGAGCUGGAUCUAUGUUUUCCUGCCUCCUAACUGACAAAAUAAAUCAGUUUUCCAAUCUUCCUCUCCAAAGCACGGGUACAGAGAGUGUAGGUGUUGUUUGUACUGCUGUAGGUUUUUAACACUGAUCAUUUUACAAAUAAAAUACAAUACAAGAAACGGGUGCAAUAAUUCCAAAGAUGUCAAUAAAAACCCUUUCAUCUGA